AUGAGUGAUAAGAGUAAUGAGUUGUCAGCUCUUCAGUUGCAAUUAACAGAUGUUCGUAAGGAUUUUCAGUCCCAGCUGCAUAAGAAAGAAAUAUGUGCAAAUGAACUUCAAUCAAAAAUUGACAAGUUGGAAAGUAAUGUGGAGACAUACCAAACGCAGGCAUCCGACUUACAAAAACAAUUGGACCUUCUUAAUCAACAAUAUGAAACGGAGUGUGCUACCAGUGAACUGGAAUCACAAUAUAAACCCAACUUUGGUAAAUUUGCAUUAUUUCUGGAUCACCUCUUUUUCUUUGUUUUCUCUUUUCUUCUUUUAACUUUUCUUUUUUUUCUUUUUUUAACUCUUUUCUGCUUUUUUUUUUUGUCUUUUCUAUCUUUGUCUUUUUUCUUUCUAUCUUUGUCUUUCUUCCUUUUUUUUUCUUCCUUUUCUCUUUCUUUUUCUAUCUUUGUCUUUCUUCCCUUUUUGUCUUUCUAUCUUUGUUUCUUCCUUUUGUCUUUCUAUCUUUGUCUUUUCUUCCUUUUUGUCUUUCUUUUUGUCUUUCUUCCUUUGUCUUUCUUCCUUUUGUCUUUCUUCCUUUGUCUUUCUUUUUGUCUUUCUUCCUUUGUCUUUCUAUCUUUGUCUUUCUUCCUUUUGUCUUUCUUCUUUGUCUUUCUUCUUUCCUUUGUCUUUCUUCUUUGUCUUUCUAUCUUUGUCUUUCUUCUUUUGUCUUUCUAUCUUUUGUCUUUGUCUUUGUAUCUUUUUGUCUUUCUAUCUUUGUCUUUCUAUCUUUGUCUUUCUUUCCUUUUGUCUUUUUCCUUUGUCUUCCUUUCUUCCUUUGUCUUUCUAUCUUUGUCUUUCUUCCUUUGUCUUUCUUCUUUGUCUUUUCUUCCUUUGUCUUUCUCCUUUGUCUUUCUCUUUGUAUUCUUUUUGUCUUUCUAUCUUUGUCUUUCUUCCUUUGUCUUUCUUCUUUGUCUUUCUUUGUCUUUCUUUGUCUUUUCUUCCUUUGUCUUUCUAUUUUGUCUUUCUAUCUUUGUCUUUCCUUUGUCUUUCUUCUUUGUCUUUCUUCCUUUGUCUUUCUAUCUUUGUCUUUCUUCCUUUUGUCUUUCUAUCUUUGUCUUUCUUCCUUUUGUCUUUCUAUCUUUGUCUUUCUUCCUUUGUCUUUCUAUCUUUGUCUUUCUUCCUUUGUCUUUCUUCCUUUGUCUUUCUUCCUUUGUCUUUCUUCCUUUGUCUUUCUAUCUUUGUCUUUCUUCCUUUGUCUUUCUUCCUUUGUCUUUCUUCCUUUGUCUUUCUAUCUUUGUCUUUCUAUCUUUGUCUUUCUAUCUUUGUCUUUCUAUCUUUGUCUUUCUAUCUUUGUCUUUCUUCCUUUGUCUUUCUAUCUUUGUCUUUCUUCCUUUGUCUUUGUCUUUCUUCCUUUGUCUUUUGUUUUCUUUUGUCUUUCUAUCUUUGUCUUUCUUCCUUUGUCUUUCUAUCUUUGUCUUUCUUCCUUGUCUUUUCUAUCUUUGUCUUUCUUCCAUUUUGUCUUUCUAUCUUUGUCUUUGUCUUUCUUCCUUUGUCUUUGUCUUUUGUCUUUUCUUCCUUUGUCUUUCUUCUUUGUCUUUUUGUCUUUCUAUUUGUCUUUGUCUUUCUUCCUUUUUGUCUUUCUUCCUUUGUCUUUCUUCCUUUGUCUUUCUUCUUUGUCUUUCUUCCUUUGUCUUUCUUUUUUGUCUUUUCUUUUUGUCUUUUUUCCUUUGUCUUUCUUUCUUUUCUUUGUCUUUCUUUUUUGUCUUUCUUUCUUUGUCUUUCUUUGUCUUUCUUUUUGUCUUUCUUUCUUCCUUUGUCUUUCUAUCUUUGUCUUUCUUCCUUUGUCUUUCUAUCUUUGUCUUUCUAUCUUUUGUCUUUCUUCCUUUGUCUUUCUAUCUUUGUCUUUCUUCCUUUGUCUUUCUAUCUUUGUCUUUCUAUCUUUGUCUUUCUUCCUUUGUCUUUCUAUCUUUGUCUUUCUUCCUUUGUCUUUCUUUCUUUGUCUUUCUUCCUUUGUCUUUCUUCCUUUGUCUUUCUUCCUUUGUCUUUCUAUCUUUGUCUUUCUUCCUUUGUCUUUCUUCCUUUGUCUUUCUUCUUUGUCUUUCUAUCUUUGUCUUUCCUUUCUUUCUUCCUUUUUCUUUUCUUCUUCCUUUUGUCUUUCUUCCUUUGUCUUUGUCUUUCUUCCUUUGUCUUUCUUCCUUUGUCUUUGUCUUUCUCUUCCUUUGUCUUUCUUCCUUUGUCUUUCUUCCUUUGUCUUUCUAUCUUUGUCUUUCUAUCUUUGUCUUUCUUCCUUUGUCUUUCUAUCUUUGUCUUUCUUCCUUUGUCUUUCUUUCUUUGUCUUUCUUCCUUUGUCUUUCUUCCUUUGUCUUUCUUCCUUUGUCUUUCUUCCUUUGUCUUUGUCUUUCUUUUUUGUCUUUCUUUUUGUCUUUCUUUGUCUUUCUAUCUUUGUCUUUCUUCCUUUGUCUUUCUUCCUUUGUCUUUCUUUUGUCUUUCUUCCUUUGUCUUUCUUCCUUUGUCUUUCUAUCUUUGUCUUUCUUCCUUUGUCUUUCUAUCUUUGUCUUUCUUCCUUUGUCUUUCUAUCUUUGUCUUUCUUCCUUUGUCUUUCUAUCUUUGUCUUUCUUCCUUUGUCUUUCUUUCUUUGUCUUUUUCUUCUUUGUCUUUGUCUUUUUCUUCCUUGUCUUCCUUUGUCUUUCUUUUUGUCUUUCUUCCUUUGUCUUUCCUUUGUCUUUCUUCUUUGUCUUUCUUCUUUUGUCUUUCUUCUUUGUCUUUCUAUCUUUGUCUUUCUAUCUUUGUCUUUCUUUUUGUCUUUCUUUUGUCUUUGUCUUUCUUCUUUGUCUUUGUCUUUCUUCUUUUCUAUCUUUGUCUUUUCUAUCUUUGUCUUUCUAUCUUUGUCUUUCUUUGUCUUUCUUCCUUUGUCUUUGUCUUUCUUCUUUCUUCAUUUGUCUUUCUUUUGUCUUUCUAUCUUUGUCCUUUGUCUUUCUUCCUUUUGUCUUUGUCUUUGUCUUCCUUUUGUCUUUCUUCUUUCUAUCUUUGUCUUUCUUCUUUGUCUUUCUUUUUGUCUUUCUUCCUUUGUCUUUUGUCUUCUUUGUCUUUCCUUCCUUUGUCUUUCUUCUUUGUCUUUCUUUUCUAUCUUUGUCUUUCUUCCUUUGUCUUUCUUCCUUUGUCUUUCUGUCUUUGUCUUUCUUUCUUUGUCUUUCUUCCUUUGUCUUUGUCUUUUCUCUUUGUCUUUCUUCCUUUGUCUUUCUCUUUCCUUUGUCUUUCUGUCUUUGUUUCUUUUUGUCUUUCCUUUGUCUUUCUUCCUUUGUCUUUCUUCCUUUGUCUUUCUUUGUCUUUUGUCUUUGUCUUUGUCUUUCUUCCUUUGUCUUUCUUCCUUUGUCUUUCUUCCUUGUCUUCUUCUUUUUUGAAGGGAAACUGGCUGAAGUGGAAUCUCAAGCAAACAAGUUACGAGAAGAUGUUCAAAGGUUGGAGGUGGAAAGGACGGACUUGAUAAGCAAGAUUGAAGCUGGAGAAGGGGCCCAAACAGCCAUUAAUCAAAUGAAACAAGAGAAUCGGUGUCAAAGGAAUAACAGUCCUUUUGACACACCUUUUUCUUUUUUCUUUCUCUUUUCUUUCUCUUCUCUUUUCUUUCUCUUCUCUUUUCUUUCUCUUCUCUUUUCUUUCUUUUUCUCUUUUCUUUUUCUUUUUCUUUCUUUCUUUUUCUUUUUCUCUUUUUUUUUUUUCACUUUCUUUUUCUCUUUCACUUUCUUUUUCUCUUUCACUUUCUUUUUCUCUUUCACUUUCUUUUUCUCUUUCACUUUCUUUUUCUCUUUCACUUUCUUUUUCACUUUCACUUUCUUUCACUCUCUUUUUCACUUUCACUUUCUUUCACUCUCUUUUUCACUUUCACUUUCUUUCACUCUCUCUUUCACUUUCUUUCUCUCUUUCUUUCUCUCUUUCACUUUCUUUCUCUCUUUCUUUUUCUCUUUCACUUUCUUUCUCUCUUUCUUUUUCUCUUUCACUUUCUUUCUCUCUUUCUUUUUUUCUUUCUCUUUUCUUUCUCUUUCUUUUCUUUCUUUCACUUUCUCUUUCACUUUCUUUCUCUCUUUCUUUUUCUCUUUCACUUUCUUUCUCUCUUUCUUUGCUUUUCUGGCACAAAAUCUCCAAGAAAAAUUGUCAAACACAAAGCAGUUGCUUGAACAAAGAACAUCUGAAAAAACUGUGCAGGAAGAGGCCUUAUAUAAACAGAUUAAGGACCUUAAGGGUCAGUUGGAUGCUGAAAAAGACCACAAGCAGAUAUUAGAGCUAAGUGUUGAUGAGAAAACAGAAAAGGUGGCCAACUGUCAGUUUCGGAUUCAGCAAUUGGAAGGAGAAAUCCAAACUAAGAUGGAACUUUUGCAUGCUUCCGAGGCAGCUAAAGCAACUCAGCGUGCUGAUCUUGAAAAUCAUUUACAAACCAGUCGAAACCUUGUAGAAGAAAAGAUCAAUGAAAUCAACAGGAUCAAACAGGAACUUUCACAGACAGCUGAAGAACUCACAGCCAAAAAAACCCGAAUUGAACAACUUGAUGAGCUGCUCAAGAAACAAACGUCUAGCAACAAUCAGUUGACCCUCAAAAGCUCAAGUCUGGAACGGGACCUUGAGGAAAGGGGGAAAAUAAUUGAUGAGAAAGACAAAGCACUGAAACAAAUGGAGGCUAAUUUGGAAACUACAAAGAAGUCUCUUGAAGGCACUAACAACAAGGUAAAGCAAGCAACCCAGGAAUUAAAGAAGGCAAAGCAAGAAAUGGACAAAGAAUUGAAAGGACUAAAAGAAAAUCUGCAAAAAAUGGAGAAAGAAAAAACUUCAUUGUCUCAAGAAUUGAGUAUGAAUGUAAAAAAUCUUGAAGCCAAAACCAGAAGUCAUGAAGAAUUAGGAAAGCUUCAUGAGAGUACAAAGAAGACAUUGGAAGAGACAAAGAGUAAAUUUGGACAGUCGCAGGAAUCGCUCAGAAUGGUGAAACAGGACAAUGCAAAACAGGUGGAGAAAAUGAAGAAAUCUUUAGAAGACAGCACAGCAAAAUGUUUGCAAAUUGAACAAAAGAUGUCUGCAUUAAGUCAAGAGUAUGAACAAAUCCAGAAAGUAAAACAGGGUCUUGAAAACCAGUUGUUAGAAGCCAAGAAUAAUUUAGAAAAUAAAGUUAAAGAACUUCAUUCUGAGAAAACGUCAUUUCAAGAAAAACAGGAUCAACUGCAGAAAUCUUUAAAAGAACAAGAAACACUUUACCAAAGACAGAUCUGUGAACACGAGGCAAAGAUAAACACCCUAGAAGCUGAAUUACAAACAGAAAGGGAAAAUCUGAAGGUUCAAAUCGAAACUGAGAAAACACUUAAUGAAAAGGUUUCACAAAUGAAUGAUACUAAUGCUGAAUUAAAGAAACAGAUUUCAGAAGUGGAACUCAAACUGAAAGAGACAGAAAGUCAAAAGGAACAGCAGGCAGCAGAAAGUGCAACUCGUCAGGAAGAAUUGCAGCAAAAGUUACAGCAGGCAGAGACCAACACAACAGAACUUGGAAAUAAAUUAAAGGGUGCUGAAGAAUCUAUAUCCCAUGUAAAUGACAAAUUGAAGAACAAAGAAGAGGAGUUAUACGAUGUGCAGUCCAAGUUGUCAUUGACAGAACAACAGUUGGAGAAAUCUCAGCAACGAGAGGAAGACCUGAAGACAAGCAUUGAUCAACUAAAAGAGGAAAUCUCUACUCUGUUGGAAGCAAAACAAUUACUCAUCAACCAAAAACUAGAACUACAAUCAAAAAUCACUGUGUUAGAAACACAAGUGACCAAUACACAAGAACAACUGAAUGAGUUACGUGAAAAUGCAGCUACGUUACAAACGUCUCUAGAAAACACAAAUGCAGAUCUAAAGGCCCAACUGGCCAAUAAAGAAAUUUCCUACAAAGAACUGGAGAAAAAGUGUGAAGAGAAUGAAACUCGUUAUGAAAUGCAGGCUUCUGUUCUAAAUGAGAAUCUAACGACCGUACGGGGAGAUCUUGUUGUAUGCCAACAAUCCUUGGAGGACCGCACUGCAGCUAAUGAUGAACUUCUUGGACAAAAGUUAGAACUGGAAGCAAAACUGGAAAACAGCAACGAUGAAAGAAAAUUGCUUCUGGAAAGGUGCCUGGCAAGUGAAGCUGAAUGUGAGAGCCUACAAGACAGAAUUUCACAGGUGACAAGAAAAUUAGAGGACACACAAGCUGCACUUCAAGAGUUAGGCCGGGAGAAUCAGUCAUUACAGAUAAUGACCACAAAAGUUCAAAACAGAAAGUGGACAGAUGAUAGUCAAGUACUGGACUGUAUGGGUUGUGGCAAGGCUUUCUCCUUGACCAUCCGUAAGCACCACUGCAGAAACUGCGGCAAUAUCUUCUGCAAUGAAUGCUCCACAAGGCAAGCCCCAAUUGCAUCAGCCAAAAAACCUGUCCGCGUAUCUACUUCAUUUACAAAAUUCUCUCACCUUGUGGCUUUGUCUAUUUUCAUUUUCCCAUCAUCUUUUUUUUUUUCUGACUUUCUUUUCUAUUUUGUCUAUUUUUUUCGUCUUUUCUAUUUUGUCUAUUUUUUUCGUCUUUUCUAUUUUGUCUAUUUUUUUCGUCUUUUCUAUUUUGUCUAUUUUUUUCGUCUUUUCUAUUUUGUCUAUUUUUUUCGUCUUUUCUAUUUUGUCUAUUUUUUUCGUCUUUUCUAUUUUGUCUAUUUUUUUCGUCUUUUCUAUUUUUUAUUUUUUUCGUCUUUUCUAUUUUGUCUAUUUUUUCGUCUUUUCUAUUUUGUCUAUUUUUUUUUUUUAUCUUUUCUAUUUUGUCUAUUUUUUUCGUCUUUUCUAUUUUGUCUAUUUUUUUCGUCUUUUCUAUUUUUUUUAAUCUUUUUUUUGUCUAUUUUUUUCGUCUUUUUCUAUUUUGUCUAUUUUUUUUUCUCUUUUCUAUUUUUUCUAUUUUUAUUUUGUCUAUUUUUUCGUCUUUUCUAUUUUGUCUAUUUUUUUUCGUCUUUUCUAUUUUGUCUAUUUUUUUUUUUCUUUUCUAUUUUGUCUAUUUUUUUUUUUCGUCUUUUCUAUUUUGUCUAUUUUUUCGUCUUUUCUAUUUUGUCUAUUUUUUUUCGUCUUUUCUAUUUUUUCUCUUUUUUAUUUUGUCUUUUUUUUUUUCUCUUUUCUAUUUUGUCUAUUUUUUUUUCUUUUCUAUUUUGUCUAUUUUUUCGUCUUUUCUAUUUUGUCUAUUUUUUCGUCUUUUUCUAUUUUUUCUUUUUUUUCGUCUUUUCUAUUUUUUUUUUUUCGUCUUUUCUUUUUGUAUUUUUCUUUUUCUGCUUUUCUUUUCUUUUUUUUUUUCUGGCUUGUGAUUUUUUUUUCCACUCUUUGUGUCUUCGUCUUUCGCCUUUCUUCUCCGUGUCUUCGUCUUUUUCGCCUUUCUUCUCCGUGUCUUCGUCUUUCGCCUUUCUUCUCCGUGUCUUCGUCUUUCGCCUUUCUUCUCCGUGUCUUCGUCUUUCGCCUUUCUUCUCCGUGUCUUCGUCUUUCGCCUUCCGUCUUCAAAACAAGCUGCCUUUUCAGUAUUAUAAUUCCGAUGUUUCUCUUUCAAGUUCUCUCAACACUCUUUCCUUUCACAUUUGUAAACCAUUCUCUCUCUCUCUCAUAUUUGUUAACUUUUCUCCUCUUCCUAUCCCUUUCUUUUUAAAACUUAUUACUCCAUUUUUUCCUCCACCUUUCUUUUACUUUCAUUGUCUCCCCCACUACCACAGUCUCAUUCUCUCACUCCUUCUCAAACUUUCUAAAAAAAAAAGUAUCCCUCUUUUCAUACCCUCCCCUUCCUCUCUCCUCCCCCCACCCCCGCUUGUUCUUUUUUCUUUCUCUUUCUUUCUCUCUUUCAUUCAUUUGACCUUUUAUCUCUCUCUCUCUCACAGCCACUGCUUCUCAUAUUGA